UGUACGUCUGUAUUUUCCAACACCAAAAUUUUAACCAGUCAAAGUGUAAAUUAUUGCCAAAGUAAAUUGUGACAUUUCGUUAGAUUAACGAUUAUGUUCUUGUGAAUGUUGCCCACCGUUCAGUUAACGAAUUAAUUCGAUUUAUAGCGAUUCAUUCAAGGGAUUUCGAGCGGUACAAUUGCAACACGCAACUCUGCAAAUCAGCUGUUCUGUUUACGUGUCUGUCCACAUCCCAUUAGGAAGUAAAUACAAAGCAAUAACAACAAAAUGAUCGAGAUCACAGAUCUGCAAAAAAUUGGCAUCGGCUUGGCUGGCUUUGGCAUAUCGUUUUUGUUUCUUGGCAUGCUGCUACUAUUCGACAAAGGCUUGCUUGCAAUAGGCAAUAUACUAUUUAUAUCUGGACUAGGAUGUGUGAUCGGUGUGGAGAGGACUCUGCGCUUUUUCUUUCAACGUCAUAAAGUCAAAGGAACUACAGCAUUCUUUGGCGGCAUUGUCAUUGUGCUGCUAGGUUGGCCUAUAAUUGGCAUGAUAAUUGAAUCCUAUGGAUUUUUUGCACUCUUCAGCGGAUUUUUCCCCGUAGCCAUCAAUUUCCUUGGACGAGUACCCGUGUUGGGAACGCUUUUAAAUUUACCAUUUAUGCAAAAGAUUGUUCAAAAACUUGGAGGUGAUGGCAAUCGGACAACAGUAUAAUGUAUCCGUAGGACUCUAUAAUAAAUUGUACAAACACAUUUUUUAGACUAAAUAAAUUUUCUUCUAAAUUGUUGUGUAAAACAUUUCACAUCAAAUGUAUAAUUAAACAAUGUGAACUACACA